AUGGCUAAGGCUUUCUGGAUUGGGAAUGAUGCAUUAGUAUGUCAUGCCUUUAAUAAGGAUGCUACAUUGAUGGCAAUUUCUAUUAAUACAAACAAUGUCUAUAUACUCUCUGUUCCUCAAACGUCGGGUGAUAAAUUCAAAUUAGUUGAUACACUUAAAGAGCAUACCGGUCUGGUGAUGGGACUCGAUUGGUGUUCGUCAUCUAAUCAAAUCGUAUCGUGUUCAGCUGAUAGAAAUGCCUACGUUUGGAAGCAAACACCUGAAGGCAAAUGGAAACCCACUCUUGUGGCCUUACAAGUAAAGGAUAAUUUUCCGUGGCUUAACAGAGCUGCUCUCUGUGUUCAAUGGUCACCAAAAGGUGAUAAAUUUGCUGUUGGUUCAGGCAGCAAAGUCGUUUCAAUAUGUUUCUUUGAACAAGAGCAAGAUUGGUGGGUCUCCAAGCACAUUAAAAAAAGUCUAAAAUCAACGGUUACUUGUGUCGAUUGGCAUCCGAAUAAUACUCUCAUCGCAUGUGGAUCAACGGACUAUCGUGUUCGGGUUUUAUCAGCUGUUAUUAAAGAAAUUGAUUCUGAUUGUAGCGAUUCUGUCUGGGGUCCUAAAAGUCCCUUCCAAACUCCUCUUUUUGAGGCCUACGCUGGCCACGGUACUUGGAUUCAUAGUGUUCGAUUCUCAGCAGAUGGGAAUAAAUUAGCUUGGGUCGGUCACGAUUGUUCCGUAAGCGUUGCUGAUGCCAGCGCUGGAAAUCCGCCAGUUGUUCAAACCAUUCGUAGCCAAUAUCUACCGUUGCUAAGUGUUAUAUGGGUUGCCCCAAACACUAUUCUUGGUGCUGGUCAUGAUUGCUGUCCAAUUCUCUUCAACUACAACGGACCCAGAGGUGGCAUUUCUGCAGGAAAGAUGAUUAAUUUGAAGAAUGAAAGUCAAGGAGGGAGCGAACUGUCUGCUAUGCAAAAAUUCCAUCAUAUUGAUCGGAUGGCCACUACUAAUAUUACAGAUACACGUCUUUCUACCAUUCACCAAAACUCUGUGAAUGAACUUGUAAUACUCAAGGGCGAUAGGUCAAAGGCUAUUCAAGUCACAUCGAUUGGACGGGAUGGCCAAUUAGUGAUCUGGGAUUUAAUUUCCCUACCCUCACAAAUUGCGGGUCUGUCUAUCAAUUGA